AUGUCCUCCAAACUAGUACCCUCGGACCCGGAGAAGGUCAUGAUCAUCCGCGACAUCGUCCCCAGAACUGUCACCACACUUUCCGUGCCAUUCUUUCGAUUCGGCAGGAUAAAGGUCGGUGGACGAGGCACAAUCGUACGCCUGCAAUCCGGCGCCCUCGCCGUCUUCUCCCCCGUCGCCCUCACCGAAGACGUAAAGCGCAAAGUCGCCGAAAUGGGCGAAGUCAAAUACAUCACCGCCCUCGACGCCGAACACCACAUCUUCCUCGGCCCUUGGCACACGGCGUACCCCAACGCGCAAGUCAUGGGCCCCGAAUCCCUCCCCGAAAAACGCGCCUCCCAAUCCGUCGAACAAGUCCCCUUCGCCCACGUCUUCUCAAAGGCAAAGCCCGUCACCACCAUCUCGCCAGAAUUCGACGCAGAGUUUGACUGGGAGUACGUCCCCGCACACAUGAACAAGGAAAUCGCCUUCCUGCACCGCCCUACACGCACCCUCAUCCAAGCCGAUCUCAUGUUCAACCUGCCCGCCACAGAGCAGUUCAGCCGCAGCGGCGUGGACGCCAACAGCGGGAUCCUCACGAAGAUUUUCGUCGCGCUGCAGAGCACGUAUGGGAGUGCUACGGCGCAGAAGCGUGUCGUCUGGUGGGGCACGAGUGCGAGCGAUCGCUCCGGGUUUGCCAAGUCGGUCGCGCGCAUGGAUAAGUGGGAUUUCCAGCGCAUUGUGCCGUGUCAUGGGGAUGUGAUUGAGAGUGGGGCCAAGGAUGUUUUCAGGAAGGUGUUUGGCUGGCAUUUGGAUCUUGCGCAGCAAGAGGGGAAGAGGGCGUAG